AAACAGGAAAAUUUUAUUAUCAUGGAAAAGCUGCCUAAACUAGAGGCAUGUUCUUUGUUGCAAUCUAAAGGAAGUUUUGUAGAUAAUAGCGACAGAAUCAACAAUCUUCCGAAUCAUAUUGCUUAUCACAUCCUUUCAUUUCUUACAAUGGAAGACAUUGCACGAUUGAGCAUAGUGUCAAAGUGGUGGCAAGAAUUAUGCAUAUCUAUUCCGUCCUUGACCCUUGACGUUGACGGUAUGCGAUAUAAAGGCAAGGAUUUUAAACUAAUUUACUUCAAGAAUUUUCUUGAUAGGUUGAUGCUUCGACGCAAUGGAAUGAAGAUGGUGCCGUUUUGCGUUCAUUGGACUUUUCCUGAUUGGCAUUCUGAAGAAUAUCGUUUUCUCACAUGGUUGCAUGAUGCAGUAAGGUCUAAUGUUGAAGUGAUUUAUCUUGACCUUUGUAUAUUUCGUCGAGGGACUUUUCACAUGCCACUUUGUGUUUUGCAUUGUGAAUCGUUGAGGUUUCUAACAGUGAGUUUGUUUGGAGGGGUUCUCCAACUGCCGUCCUCAACUGGGUUCAAGAAGCUUCAAUCAUUAUCACUAACACAUGUUCGAGUUCUUGACGACCUUUUUGUGGAACGGGUCUUGUCUUCUUGCAACUCCCUUGAUAAGUUAUGCCUUCAUGGCGUUAAUGGGACGAAUAACAUUAACAUCCAGUCCUCAUCUCUUAAAUAUCUAGAAAUUACGAGUUAUAUGCAUAAUAACCUAUUCCAUGUGAAUGUCUCUGGGGAGCUACUUGAGGAGUUGAUAAUAUGCUGGAAAUUUUUUCCCUCUGGUGGUAGAUCACUGAAAAUUGCUACUCCCCAUCUCAAAUGUUUUACAUGGGGUGGAUUUGCUCCAGAUAACUAUUUUCUGGGGAACUUAAAGUGUUUACGUUCUUGUGCAUUAAGUCUUGAACAGCUUUCUAGCUCAUGGAGGCCCCCGCACAUGGAGUAUUUUCAAUUUCUAGAAGGGAUCAAAGAUCUAGUGAUACAGUUUCCGUGUCUUCAGGCAUUAUAUGAGGCAGGCAUGCUGCCGAUUCCUUUGAAGCAUGUACAUACUUUGCGUAUAAACUUUACAGAUAGUGACUAUGACAAUCUAGUGCCAGCGAUGGCCUUACUUCUGAAAGGAGCAGCUAAGGUACGAACCUGGACCAGGACAAGGGGAUAUUUUUGGCUAAUUUACAAGGCUUGUUCAUAUCAUGAGGGAACUGUAGAAAAAUAGAGAAAGAGAAAUAUUAUUAUUCCUUGAGGACUUGAUAUCUUGAUUACAUGACUUCCAACUUCAUAUUGUGCCAUAAGGCUACAUUGAUUAAAUAGGAAAAACCUAGAACCU